GCUCUCUGUCUCUCUGUCUCUCUGUGUCUGUCUCUGAUCACAGAGUUGUGAUCGAUUAUUUGAGCCGAUCGAUCAGAUGAGGCUCCUCUGCAGCGUCUCCAUGGCGUCUCUGCUGCUGCUGCUCUUCUUUCUGCCAGUUUGCUUGGCUGCUCAUGGACGUUUUGCUCAGAAGCUGCUGAAAGACUUGUUCUCUAAUUACACCAACGCUCUACGUCCGGUGGAGGACACCGACCACAUCAUCAACGUUACUCUUCAGAUCACGCUCUCCCAGAUCAUCGACAUGGACGAGCGGAACCAGAUCCUGACAACCUACCUGUGGGUACGCCAGGUGUGGAUGGACGCCUACCUUUCCUGGAGGAAGGAGGACUAUGACGGCCUUGACACUAUUCGCAUCCCCAGCAGCUAUGUGUGGAGACCCGAUAUUGUUCUGUAUAACAGUGCAGAUGAUGAGUUCUCCAGCUCCAUGGAGACCAACAUUGUUCUCCGUAACGAUGGUCAGGUCAUGUGGGACCAGCCAGCCAUCACUAAAAGCUCCUGCUUGGUCGACGUGGCCUUCUUCCCUUUUGAUUUGCAGCAGUGUCACCUGACCUUUGGCUCCUGGACUCACAAUGGCAACCAGAUGGACUUGUUCAACGCCCUGGACAGUGCUGACCUCUCUGACUUUGUCUCCAAUGUGGAGUGGGAGGUUCUGGGCAUGCCAGCAAAGAAAAAUGUCAUCCUGUAUGGCUGCUGUUCAGAUCCGUACCCAGAUAUCACUUUUACCCUCCACCUGAGGAGACGGGCCUCCUUCUACAUCUUCAACCUCCUCAUCCCCUGCAUGAUGAUCUCCUUUCUGGCUCCAUUAGGAUUCUACCUGCCGGCUGACUCGGGUGAAAAGGUUUCUCUGGGCGUCACGGUGCUGCUGGCUCUGACUGUGUUCCAGUUGCUGGUGGCUGAGAGCAUGCCGCCCUCCGAGAGUGUCCCACUCAUAGGAAAGUACUACAUAGCCACCAUGACGAUGGUUACUGCUUCAACGGCACUCACCAUCUUCAUCAUGAACAUACACCACUGUGGUCCUGAGGCCCGACCCGUUCCAGAGUGGGCCGAACGGUUCAUCCUCAACCACCUCGCUCGCAUCUGUUUUGUCUACGAGGUUGGAGAAAACUGCUUUGCUGGGAAAUCGUCCAAGAAGCAACCGCCGUGUCAGGAGGAGUCAGAGGCCCCAUCAGCCAACAGUGGCAACCGCAGGGGUCCAAACUGGGGUGUGAACGGACGAGCCUGGGGAGGGAGGGUGGAAGAUGAUGGGUCAGGGCAGUCUCUGAAGGUAAGUCAGGAUUUGACCAACCAAACAGGCUGGAAGGAGGAUCUGUUUGUGACCAUUGACCACUCGAAAGAUGAAGGAGCUACUGGUGGAAGUGAAGAGCACGGAGACAGGUCUAAUAGAGUCUAUGGAAGAGGAGAAGAGCAAGUCGAGGAGAAGAAAGGUGUCGGGGGUGAAGGAGGAGGUGGAGCACGGGAGAACAGAACGGAGAUCUUCGUGAAAACCCAGUGUGUUUGCCAGCACCAGGGACUGCGCAAGAACGUUGAGUACAUUGCCAACUCGUACCAGGACCAGCGAGCUGCACAGCUGCGCAUCGGAGAAUGGAGGAAGGUCGCCAAGGUCAUGGAUCGUUUCUUCAUGUGGCUCUUCUUCAUCAUGGUCUUCUUCAUGAGCAUUCUGAUCUUGGGCAAAGCCAUAUGAUCGAGACCAAGCACGGGGAUCGCGAGAGGUUGACGGCAGAGGACUGGUACACUGACUCAAUGAUUAGUUCAACUUUCCAUUUAAGGUCCAGUGUGUAACAUUUAGGAGGAAUCAUUAGCGGAAAUUGAAUUUACUACAAUUUGCUUAAAACAAAUACUAAACUGUGUAGUUUUUGUAGACGACAUGUACUUUGCAUUCUGAAGUGGGAGCUUAUACCCAAAUAAUGGCAAACCAUUUCACCCACAUAAACCCGACGCAUAAUCCAGCAAAGAAAUGGCUUUCUAGUCUGUAAAGGCUUCCACAGUUCCUUGACAUGCUUCGGAAGCUACUCCGCCCAGUAACUCUGCAAACUCUCUGAACUCCAGAGUUCAGAGAGUUUCUUCUCACAAAGCUCAUCAACGCUGAGGUGUCGUGCUACAAGAGCGACCGCUGCCAGUGAAACUAAUCGAGGAAAGGCCAAAGAUGAUUUCAAAUGGUUUGAAAGUUAUUGUUUUUAUAUAUUUUUUUUAAAUGGAACAGCAUGAAAUUCAGCUUGUCACAUGACGGAAAUCUUAACAGCUGCACCAUACAGCACUUGCCAUAUUCCCAGUUAUGACCAACAGAUGAAGAUUGAAAUGCCUCGGUACAUAAUUGGACAGACCCACAACCAAUGAUCUGGAUGAUGUAUGCAGGAUGACGGAAUACGUGUCAACAAACGUGAUUGUUGUAGUUUUCUUGGAGCAAUCGCUAUCUAUCUAGUAACAGCGUCUCACGACUUUUACCCUGGGGGAGCAAGUCGCUUAAAACCGAACCCGAAUUGUAAGGCUGCUGCUCUUCAGGCUGGACUUACAUACAAAAGCUGCCAAAUGUCAUCGUGUCAGGUCCCCCUUUAGAGUGUCAGUGGCUUUUGUGAUUGGUUCCUUUUUUUUUUUGGGAGAUUCUGAAGUUGGCCAAAACGAUGUCCUUGCCAGACAUGUCUGCAGAGUGAGGUUUUGAUUAUAAACCAAACUACAAAACUACACAACUGCUUGUUAGAUGAAUCAGCACAAAGACAAAAAAAAGGUCCAGUGAGUAAAUAUGAUGUGAAACUAAUACUGGAAUCACCAGAUAAAGACAUUGUAACAACUCUGUUCCAAUGUAAUUAUAUUAGGCUCUCAAAUCAACAACCAACAGGAUGUUUCAUUCAACAUUGUUUCAGCAUUUCUCCCUAAAUCAGACGAUUGACAUCAUCAAAUGUUUCAAAGAGAUAAAUAUUAAACAAUUCAGUGAUUUUAAUUCUGUGUGGCUUCCACCUUCUUUUGUACAGAUCAAAGAAAAAAAGUAGAGUAGAAAAUAUUUGCUUGCUGAGGAGAUGGACCUGGUGUUCCUCACAGUUAUAUAUACAAUGUCAAAUAUAUUUGAAUCAUCAAAGGAAGUUUGGAGAUUAAAUCUGACACAUCAUCACAGUCAUCUACGAAUGUCGCUGAUUUCUUUCACGCCUCCACAGUUGCCACACUUUUGUCACGUGUGUGUAAUUUACAAACUGCAUCCUAGAGGAUUUCACGCUGCACAGUUUUAUGAAAUAUCUAAUAUCCGACCUUUCCUGUUUUAACUCUUUAUGACCUGAAUAAAUACAAUAGUUUAUGCCAUGUCGGACGAUUGGCUACAAUAACAUCUUCAUGCUUUAAACCAGGGAUGUGAAUUUGUUGAAAUCCUCACAUUAUGAUUAAUCUUACUGUGAAAUACUAUAUUUAUCAGUUCUAGAUACGUGUGACUAAAUGUUUGUGCCUUUGUGGACGUAUAUGCACACGUUCAAGUGCAAUUUCAACAAUAUUGUGCAUACAUUUACCAUUGAAUGGUAUUUAUCGCAAGAAAUUUGAGGUUGUUGAUAAUUUGACUUUCAUUAAAAUGUAAAACAAAGGAGUUCUUGUUGUUUCACUAAAAAUUAGUUUGUGAUUAAAAUUAUUCAAUAAUUCAAUUUGUUUUUGUAUAAUCACAGUUUAAAAACUAAGAAAUGCCAAAUUCAUCAGUGUUGUCAGAUGUUUGUUUAUGUUGUUGUACAUUGACACACAGGCAAUGCACUGAGACACAUGAACACGUUCAUAUAUUAAAAGAAAAAAGCUUUGUUCACUCA